GGAAGCGCAGAUCCCUAAUCUCUGGGCCGGAGCGCAAUUCGCACACUGGGGCAGGCCCGCCACGCCCCCAUCUCCAAACCGGAGGCCGGCACGUUUCCCCGGCGGAGCGCCAGCCCCUCCCGCGCGUAACCCGGAUACACACCCACUCCUCCCCUUUCACCUCUCUCCGCCGUUGGCUAGCGGGAAGGGAAAGACCCCGGCGGGCGGUGGGAACCGGACCCGCGUCGCGGAGGCCGCAGCGGCUGCAGACGCGCCUAGCAGGCUGCUCGGCGCGGGUCAGGGAAGGAAGCAGCUGCCUUUAUUGUGCCCGGCCGAAGAGAGAGCUCGGGGUAGGGUGGCGGGGGGAGGGGAGGAGAGAGGGGACCCCAGGAAUCCCAGGCGGGCCCCGGCUCCCGGGGGUCUCUGCCUGCGCGGGUCGGGGAGCGCUGCGGGCGCCAUGGAACGCCGCUGACGGUCCCCGCGUUCCGAGCCUCCCGGGCGGGAAUCUCUCCGUUCCGGCUGCGGCCCCGGGUCCAGCCAUGGCCCCCAUGGGCAUUCGCCUCUCUCCGCUUGGCGUGGCCGUCUUCUGCCUGCUGGGGCUCGGCGUGCUCUACCACCUCUAUUCCGGCUUCCUAGCCGGCCGCUUUGCCCUCUUCGUCCUGGGGGGAGACCGAGGAGGCGGUCCCGACGCGCCGGGCUCGCGGGCCGACGGGGGCACGGUGGACCUCCGCGAAUUGCUGGCCGUGUCGGUUCUGGCCGCCGUCAGGGGCGGGGAGGAGGUGAAGAGGGUCCGCGAGAGCAAUGCCCUCAACGAGAAGGCCAAGGGGAAAACCCGGGAAGGCGCCGAGGAGAAGAUGACCAGCGGGGACGUGCUGUCCAACCGCAAGAUGUUCUAUCUUCUGAAAACCGCCUUCCCCAACGUGCAGAUUAAUACCGAAGAACAUGUGGAUGCAGCUGACCAGGAAGUUAUCUUGUGGGAUCAUAAUAUCCCUGAAGAUAUCUUGAGGGAGAUAACCAAACCCAAAGAGGUGCCAGCAGAAAGUGUUACUGUCUGGAUUGAUCCACUUGAUGCUACACAAGAAUAUACAGAGGAUCUUCGGAAAUACGUUACUACAAUGGUGUGCGUGGCUGUAAAUGGUAAACCAGUACUGGGAGUAAUACAUAAGCCAUUCUCUGCUUACACAGCUUGGGCCAUGGUGGAUGGUGGUUCCAAUGUGAAAGCUCGUACUUCCUACAAUGAGAAAACCCCAAGGAUCAUCGUGUCUCGCUCCCAUUCAGGAACAGUUAAACAAGUAGCGCUUCAGACAUUUGGAAACCAGACCACAAUUAUACCUGCAGGUGGUGCAGGUUACAAAGUUUUAUCCCUUUUGGAUGUGCCUGAUGAGAACCAAGAAAAAGCUGAUAUCUAUAUCCACGUGACAUAUAUUAAAAAAUGGGAUAUUUGUGCUGGCAAUGCCCUCCUCAAAGCUCUUGGGGGCCAUAUGACCACCUUGAAUGGUGAAGAGAUAAGUUACACUGGCUCUGAUGGCAAUGAAGGAGGACUCCUAGCCAGCAUCAACAUGAACCAUCAGGCACUAGUCAAAAAACUCCCAGAACUUGAGAAGACAUCCCACAAAUGAGCAUAAGGUCUGCAAGGAUACACCUCUGCUUCCCAGAGCUGCGAAGAGUCCACCUGAAGGACCCUGGUCUAUCUGUGGAAGACUAUGCAUGAUCAAGGCCAUCCAGUCUUCUUGAAAUGAUGGAAAGCAACAGGGACUCUCCCCACCUCCUACUCCCUUCCCUUUAAGAUGCAAGAUUGAGGAGAAUGUGUAGUUUUUUUUAAUAUCAUUCACCAUAUUUAAUUUGGAGACUGUUUUCAUACAGCUGCCAUACUCAAGGUGCAUAUAUGUAGAUAGAUUGUGGGUUGAAAUCUAGAUUUGAACAGACCAUAUUUGAGUGAUUUGUCACAACAGCAUCAUUAAACUUACAGUACUUUUCAGGCAGAACCAAGGAUUAAUUUUGAAAGCUCAUUUGACAUUACUUUAUAAUAUACCUUAUUGAAAAUGAAUUCCCAUCAAGAAUUUCUCCCUAGUUCCAUUUGAAUGGAAAGCACAAGGAGCCAAACACCUAUCUAUAUGCAAGAAAUAAAUAACUAUUCAUCUGUGACAGAAGAACAUUUCUGACUGAUUAAAAAUAACAUAACAGUUUGAGUUUGUUUUUUCCAGAACUUUUAAAAGUUGGUCAUCCAGCUGGUAGAAAAUAAUGAAUUUUUGAUGAUUUGUAAAUCAUGGUAAUUGUUAUUUCUGUGUAUUUUAAAAGAAAAUUGUGUUUCUUUACAUAGCUUUAACGUCUUGCCGUUGAUUUUCACCUUCUCUGUGAAAGAUGCAUGACUCAUUGGGUGCUCCCCCAACCCGUUUCCCAGUCCUAAUUAUUGAUUCUUCUACUUGUAAGUUUAAUUUUCAAGUUUCACAAUUGGCCCUAAGGAUUUUACUAAACUUUCCACAAUCUAUUUUUAAUGAAAAGAUUGUUAAGGGAAUUAGGUUCAGAAAAGGGAAUCAUAAAAUUUUAAAUGAAUUGUUGAUAGCUGAAAAUUGAUGUAAUAUCAGAAUUGGACUAGCCUUUCUCAUCCACGCCCUAAAAAAUAAUCAAAUUACCUAGAGGUUUUUUUAUUUAAAUUGUUUUAUCUAGUUUGCAUUUAAUUGAUUUGAACUUCAUCAUAAAUUACAGACUGAGAGCUACAAAGCACAUAAGUGAGCCUCUAUUUAAAAUCCCUAGAUGUGGCAUUGAUAGAAUGCUUGAUCUGGGAAUCAGGAAGACUGAGAUAGGGUUCAAAUCUGGCCUCACAUCUGCUGCUGUUACUGUCUCUUUGAGUAUUUUUCCCUAAGCUACAAGUGGUUUGGGGGCAUCACAUAAAUAAAUAUACUGCAGGGUAAAACACCAAGGCUUAGAAUUCAUUCUGAUGAGAGUUUUCUUCUGAAUACACUUCAGACUCUAGUUCAAAUAGGAAGAAUGAAACAUUUGCCUCAUGUCCUGUUGUGUUUUGGCUAUAACCAGGGCCUAUCUCUGAACUUUCAUCCAGAAGUCUGGUUUCUUUCUGGGUGAUUACAUACCUGAACACUUUAAGGACACCAACCAGCGCCAUUCUUUUUUUUAUCCCUUUUGUAGUCCAUUGUCCUAUGGAACAAUGGCAAAGAAGGGAUUCUGUUGAAAGAAAGGUUGGACUUAAACCUUUUAAACUUAAUUCUUUAUGUUUUUUUUUUCCUAGUAACAUGACUUAAUGUUUCUGAAUGAUGAAUUAUGGUAUUUAGUAUUACUGUGGAGUAUACAGCCCUCUUGACUUCAUAAUCUGGUGAAGAAAGCUUGUCUCAUAUAAUAUAGAUCAUGUUGAGGACAUUUCUAGGUCCUUUCUUGAGGACAAUGAGUAACAUUGCCACAUAACCACUUGAAGUGUAGCUAAAGGUUGUUGAUAUUACCUCAGUGACCAGAGCCACUAUCAAUGUCCUGGUCUGCCUAAAAAUGACAUGCAUAAAAUGUGAUGAUUUAUGAGAAUUCUAUAGUCAGGAAAAAAUCCAGACUCCCUAUAGGCAAGAUCAUAUUGUGUCAUCCAUCCACUUUUACCUAGUCCUCAACUCUGAUAAUAUAGCUGACAAAAUGGUAAGUGGGUAUGUGGUUAUGAACAAAGAUUCCCCUUGGCUUAUCUCUAUGAAAUAGGUUGUUUCUGUACCCAUGACCAUUUAAUAUUUCUUUUGUUGAGUGAUGCAUAUUUUUUGGUUAUUCUAAUAGUUAAUUUUUUUUUUAAAUUUAUGCAGUUAGCUAGGAAUUCUCUAUACAGUGUUGAGAGUUCAAAAAUCCCUAGCCAUUUGGUUAGCAUUUUGAUUAAAAAAGACUUCUUAUUGUCAUUAUAAAAAUGGCAGGAGAGGUAGAUCAUUGCUAACUCAACUUGAAUCCUCUAGCAGUGUAUAUGGAAAAGGCAUUUGUUUUAAUUCUAUAAAUUGGUUUUUAUUAAAAAUCUGCUUUGUGCAAACCACUAUUUUGAGUGUUGAGAGGGAUGCAAAGAUAUGAGGGAAUGUCUUAACCAGCACAUUUUUAGCUGGCAUUCACCAAUAACUAUAUACCAGCAAACAAUUGAUUUGUACCAGCAAAGUUGGUGAGUCACAUAUUUGCCAAUUUGGGCCUCUAUACUAAGACUAAAUAUUUUAGGAGGAGAAAUUCAGCUGAUCGUCUAUUUUGAUUACAUAUGGCAUAUGACUUUAGGUUUGAAAAUUCCAAUUCAGCUUGGACAAGGUACCUCCCUUGACCUUAUUAUUGAAAAGUUUUCUUUUUCACACAUCUGCAUGACCACCGAGUCCAUUCAGCAAUGAACAGACAUUAGUUGAUAGUCAUAUAUGAUUUCAUUGAUGUGAUAAUGAAUUGUGUAUUUGGUAUUUUGGGUUUUAGGUUGGCAUUGUGCUUUACCCCUAGUAUUGCAUAAUUAAUUAUGUCUUUAAAUGUUUUUCUUAUCUUCUAAGAUAAUUUAAAAUAAAUUAUUUUGAAAUGGUCAAAGCUGCUAAUUUUUGUUAUUUUUUAUUUAUUCUUCCUUUAGAAGAUUGUCAAAUAUAUUUUAAGGGGGAAAAGUGUUUGUCCUAAUUGUAAAUGUCCACAUUUUGUGGAAAUUGGUAGGAUAUUUGAAAGAAGAGAGGAAACUAAAUUAGAUUUGUUGAUCUGAAGUAGAAGCUUUUUCCUAAUUAGCAGAAAAAGCCUUCAAAGAAUAAUUUGCCAUUUGAUUUUAAUAGUUAGGACUUUGUGAGAUACCUGUGUGUACACAAAAAUUAAGAUACUGGCUAGCAAUUAAACAUUUCUAUAAUUUGUUUGGCAUAGUUGGUUGAGACUAACUUGCAUGGCUGAUUUCUUUUGGAAGUGCUUAUGUAGCAUAUUAAUUAUUUUUAAAGGUUUUCUAGUUAUCUUCAAAAGCUAGUAUGCAUUGUUUCCCAAUGCAUGAAAAAUGACUGUUUUGUUAUUUGAUUUGAGACAAUAUUUUUAGUUUUUUUUUUAAUAAGAAAACACAUUUUAUUUCCUUUUCAGUAAGCAGAAACAGUUGUAUCAUAUUAAAAGAACUUAAAUAUAUGGAAGUACGAAAUAUAAUUUCCCUAGAUUACUGAAGUGAUGAAAUAAAAAAUUCAUGCCUGAUUUGGGACUAAAGGAGGAAUUUGGCAAAGUCACAUUUUGGCACAUCCUGCUGUUAUCCUUUCAUUCUUCUAUUUUCAGAGAAAGUAUUACAAAAUAUUUGGUUUCCCUCCUCCCUACCCCCUCUCCCCCGAAUUAGUGACAACUGGUCUGUUUCUUUAUUCCAAACAGUCAUUGUUGGACACUCUGCCAAGUUUCAUGAAUCUCAACCUAACAAGCCAUUUCAGUACCACUGACAUGAGUCCCUUUCCCCCUUACAUAUCUUCUGCCGUAAUUUCACUUUCUCAAUGCUACCUUUCCAUCUCUAUCAUUUUCUCCCCCCUCUUUCUCUUGAUGCUCUUAUAUGUAUUAUCUUUUUUUUUUAAAUAUUGUUUUCUCCUUAAUCCAUUUAUUGCUUCUGAACUUGGAGCAUUUCUAUUGGACUACCAGAUAUUUCUGGUCUUUCUAACUCCAAAUCAAAUCUCUUAAAAGUGAUGGGUGGCACUUUGUUAAAGAAACCGCAGGGAAAAACAAAUUGUCUGUCCUGAAAAUUUCCAAAUUAAAUGUGUUUUCACCAGAUUUCCUUUAGAAAUUAAAGAGAAAAGACUUUUAACUCCCUAAACUUCAUAGUUGUCAAAUUUAAUCUAAUGCUUUUAUUUCUUCAAAAUAUUUGUUGCUCUUUCACACACAAGUCAGGUAUAAAUAUAGGAGAACAUAGAACUACAGAGGUAAAGCCUUCAGGGAAAUUGGUAUUAAUCAUUUUCAAAUCUGUGCCCAGUUUUAGAAUAUAAUGGAUCUUCAUCAUUUCUGUGGUCUUUGUAUGUGUACAAUUUUAUUUUAAAAAUUAUGCACUUCUCAAAGACACUCACAAAAGUGACUUAAAACUGUGGCAACAAAAUGAUGUGAACAAGGACACACACACAUACCCUUUAAUUCACACUGUUUCAGAAUGUCUAAAUAUUCCCUUCUGUAUUUGAAAAAAAUGAGGGAUAGGGAAGAAUAAGGGGAAUAGUAGCAAAGGAAAGGAAGCCUUAAAAAAAAUGAGAUCCAUCUUAAAGAGUAGAAUUUUGUGUGAUAGUGGGGAUAUGGGAGAAAAUAUGAAAAGAAAAAAAAAAAACCUUUCCUUACAGUGGGUAGCAAGAACAGUUGAAGGCACAUAUGAUCUCCCAUUAGAGUUCAGUUUCUCUUAGAGCCUUCCUGUUUUCUUUGAAGCUAGUAACUACACCAUAGGUAAAUAAAUGCUAAUUGGAGAAAACUAGAGGUGAAUACUAUCAGCUUCCUUCUUCCUUCCUUAGCUGUGGGGCCCACUAUUCUUGUUUUGCUUAAAAGUAAUUAAUUUAGGGAUUUUCAAGCCCAAUUGAAGUGAAGAGGAUGUAAUGAAAAAUCAGUAGAUUAUUAGGGAAGCAAACACCUUUUGGGUGUAUGGUAUUCAAUUACAGGGUAGGCCCAUUUAUUUUGAGUUUUGAGACGUGCAAUCUGAAAAUUUCUUUUAGUGUAUACCUAGUAACAAAUUUUGAGUCUUCUUAUUUAAUUAUUUAGCUUAGCAAAUCUGUGCCUUACUGCUACUAGGGCAUUGUAUGUUCAUAGAGGGGGAAGGCUUUCUAGUGGAAUGGGGAAAAUAGUUACUUAAUGGGAAAAUAAAUUAUUUCACUGUUUUUAAUGUUAAUUUUUGGAGAUAAUUCAUUAAAGUGAAUGACAAAAUAUUUUUGCAUACUCUACAAGUAUAGUACACUUUUAUAUGAAACUGGUUAUCUCAAUGUUUAUAAGUCUGAAAUGUUACUUCAUCUUUUGAUUUUUAAUUUAGCUUUAUUGUUAACAUUGUAAACCUGUGGAAAGUAGGAUACAUUUUAAAAUGAUGUUUUAGACAACCCUGUUUUAAAUGAAUUACUUUAGCAUGGAGUUAAAACUGUUGUAGUUCCCAUAGAAUCAAUUGCUAUAAAUUAGCUAUUCCUUUUCAAUUCUGUUAUAAAUUAGCUAUGUAUGUAUCAUAUCAAAUGAUGAUAAUGUUAAAAAUUGCUUGUGUCCAUGGGUUUAUAGAUAGUUUUGAUUAUUUGUAAAUAAUUCACAAAGGGGAUGAUUUGAAUUUUGUACUUUCAAAAAAAAGUCUUUUGGUUAUGGGGUAAUGGUGUAUAAAGGUUUUUCUUUCAGAAAUGAGAAAAAAAAUUCUGGUCAAACCUGGCAGGUAUAUGCAUUUCUAAUUUGCCACUAGUGAAGGUUUAUAAAUAUUAAAACAGUUGACAGGAAAGCUUUUUAGAAGUUGGGUGGUGAAUUAAUCAUGUGUGGGAAAAUGAGAUUUAUAAGUAGUUUUCCAUUUGGGAUGAAAAUCAGAAAUGCAAGCCAAGUUGGCUUCAUGUCUUGUUAAAAGAAAAAGGUGAUGAAUUACAUUAAAACAACUCAUUCUAUAUCGUAUACUUAGAAGGGUUCCCCAAAGUAUUUGUACCAUAAACGUCAUCUAUAUAGCUUGGCAAAGCAAAAAUGAGUGUUCAUUUAGCUGUGUUUUCCAUUAAAGUUCUGUGUGUGUGGUUUGUAUGCAUUGCACACAUGGUACAUUUUCCAUCAGAAGAGAAAUGCUCAGCAUAUGUCUUGAUAUUAUGGGAGUUGGCAGGGAGAGUAGAGAUGAAGUCCACUCUGGCUAUAACUCCAUCAGUCAUUAGGAGGAUCAGUUAAAUAUUCAAGAAGAGUUUACUACUCCUUACUAUACCAGCAUCAUUUAGUCUUUCCAACCAGCCUGAAUGAAAGACACAAAGGAUCAGGUGGUAUGUUUUGUCUCAAUAGAAGGCUUCAGUCCCCAAGGCUCUUAUGAAAGCCUGUCUCUCCUGGUCAACCAUUAUAAAAAAACAGCUAUUUCCUUCAUCUACUAGGUAUCUUUCCUUAGGUACCAGCCACAGACUCGGAAGAUGCAAUCCAUACAAAACAUUUGUAUAUCA